AUGUACCUCGCGGGAAGCAAAAGUGGAGUUAUGGAGGCUUCCGGUCGAUGGCCAGAAACAUGUCUAAACCAAAGCACCGAAUCGAUCGUACAGUGGUCAGACGGGGACGUGUUCACAUCGAGGCGGCGUCGAUAUCCGGACGGCUAUACUUGUCUAGGCCCUGUCUCACAACAGAGCGUCCGACCUUUUUCAAUGGAUGACAGCAAGCAAUAUUCAGCGAGCGAGUCGUCUCCGCAAGCCUUGUGGGAAGGCGUGUCUCUGGGGCGAGAAGGCUCGUCUCUGGAGUGGGAAGACUCGUCUCUAGAGUGGGGCGGCCCGCACGGGUGCUGGGAAGACCUGUUCCCGUUCCCGCCCACGUACCCACUCCCGUGCGGGGAAGACCCACUCCCAGGCCCGUACCCGAGGUGGAAAAGCUUGCGUCUCCUGCAUUUGAAGUGGGAAAAUGUGCCCUAUUCCUCGAAUAGCCGAAGACCUUCGCUGCCCGUGGAGCUUUGGAUGCAAAUCUUGGAUGUCGUUCUCAAAGAGCAGAAUUACGACGCGAUAGCAAGAUGUGCCAGGGUCUGCCGACUCUUCCAGCACAUGUGUAAGCCGCAUUUAGCGACCGACUUGACGUUCAGGAGCGAAGAAGACGUGGAGAACCUCAAGACAGACAUCGCAGUGAAGGAGAUCGGGGGCUGGCGAGGACCGAUGCGCAUGAUCAUCGGGGGAAACAAGGACUCGAAAGCGAUUCCACACGUGGCCUCGAUCGCGUCCAAAUUUGCAGGCAGAUGGACUCGGGUCGAGAAGCUGACCAUCGAGAAGGCAUCGUGGCCGUCGUCGCUCCGGGCCGCCGACGCCGCCGUCUUCCGAAAUCUGCCCCACUUUGCAUCGAUCACCCAACUCGUCUUGGAUGACGUCACAUUUCCAUCCAUCGUCACAUUUGGCGCCCUCGUCUCUGCUCUGUCGGGCCUCAAAGAGCUCUAUCUCCGCGAUGUCAAGCUCACCAUAUCUUCAUUUCUAUUCGAUCCGCGCGCUCUUUCCGAGUUUCGCCUCCUGCCGCAACCCAAGAACCUGUGGCGAAUCUACUUGGGUACUGGGACCGACCGCUAUGACUUGGAGCACCGGCUCGAACAUGAUUUCACUCCCACUGCGUGGCCGUACUAUACGGAGCUUCUUGAUUUCAUGACCGCUGUAAGCAACCCUCGUGGCAAGUCCCCUCGCGUGUAUCCGUGGGGCUCGGUCAGCUGCAUGAAACUCGAUGAAUCUGUCUGGUGGAGAUUCUCCUCCUCCUCUAUUGUUCGCCUCCUGCGUGCACUCCCGUCACUUACUGACCUCACGUUCACAAGCGCGGAUGAAAAAACUUUGAACCUUAAGAUGGCAGCUGUCCGCACACAUUCUAGGUCGACUCGAAUUGACAUCGUCGUGAAAGGAUCGACUGCCCGACCUCAGCAUAUGGAUAAUAUUGUCCGUUGCUUCAUCAAGACGGAUCAUCCCAUCAGGAUAACGGAGAUCGAAACUUUAGCACAUUCCAGGCUGCAAGAGACUGCUAUGGGGGGGCCCGCCAUGAAUGAAGUGGUCAGACAUGCAGGACCAUCACUCCACCGCCUGGAGUUCUUCAUCAAUGCCGACAAAAUGAGUGGAGGUUCUCGACCAGAUCAGCAUCACACCCUUGCGCUUUCUGCGGAUCGAUACCAUCAUUUAGAUCUCUCUGAAAACACGAACCUGCAAUCACUUAGAAUCCAUCAUCAUCUAGCAUCCUGCGUCGACAUGUGUGAGAUCCUGUCUCGCGUCACGUCGAGAUGCAUCUCGUCCGUCUACAUUGAGAUCACAACUGGUUCUUCCAAGCCGACGGAGCAAGGCGAGUUGAGCGAAGGCCUUUCGCGGUUGGAUGCCGUACUCUCACUUCCUGUCUUCGACAAUCUCGUGAACGUAUCUAUUCAACCCAGUCUGGUUGUGGAGCAUGACGGGAUGGAAGAGUCGAUGAAGGCAUGCCUGACCAGUCUCGGCAGACGGGGAAUCCUAAUGAUAGGGGCAGAGGUAUCGUCUUAUGCUGUCCAUGAUACCAUCCAAUCCGGAACAGUACAGGUAGACGGGACAGAGCAAGGACGGACAUACCUCAGUGGGGGUGGUACAGCGGCUGAAAAAGGAAGGGAGCGAGGUCAAGUUGCGUUGGUAUCCGUCACUUGGAGACUUGGAGACUGGCAGGAAAGGAAUAGGGCGGCUCAUGACAAAGGUAGCACGAGCUCGAUCUGA